AUGGCCCUGACUCGGACUCUGAUCGUCGACGACUCUGACCUUACCCAUACGACGUCAUCUGUCGACGCGGUCUCUGUGAAGAUAUCACUGCCGAUGCCCUUGGUCAAAGGAAGAGGCAAGCGGUCCUCGGGUGCUUCCCCAUUUACCCUGCGCAGGAGAAGCCGUACUUCACGCGGCGCCGAACAUGGCAUCGCGCCGACGGAGAAGGAAGGCUCCCUCGCAAGACGAACGGGCGCCUUGGAAAGGCUUGACGACUUCGUGCUUGUCGACGACUCCGACUUGGAAGGUAGUGAACUGCAGAAAGAUUGCUAUGUCACCACUUCCCUGUCCUCGUCAGCCAGCCAUCUGGAUUACGAACUCAUUAAUGUAGUCUAUGAAGACGACGUCAAGCCUUUAUCAACCGUGUCAAGCCCCGCGGUCGUGGACCUCACGGAGCCCCUGGACACCGACAGUGCCUGCACUGAUCCUUGUCCGCCGUACUCUCUCGAGCCCAUUCUUGAGGAACCUCUCGAUGCCAGUUGUUCAUCGGGCGCUGGCUUGCUUUCUCCCGACCGUCAUAGUGCCGCAGACGUUUCCUACUGCAGCACCGCUUCCGACGCGAGCAUCGAUACUCUUGCCGACGGCAGCUCUGUGCAUCUUCCGGAAGGAUUCCUGGAUAACCUCGAGGAGAUGGAGCGCCUCCUCACCCUCCCCUCGCGCCCGAAGCCCCGCGCAAGCACUGCUUCCCUCAACUCGAAAGAGAACGCGCCGGUUGACAGGAGCGCGGACCGUCAGAGUGUCAGCCGCAGUACGACUACGACCUCCAUCGACACGCUCGCCGACGGCGGCGAGCCCCAGCUUCCCCCCGGGUUCUUCGAGAACCUGCAGGAGAUGGAACAGCUCAUUACCUCGCACUCUGGCGAGAAGGAGCGCAAGAACGAAGCCCCGUCUCGUCCAUCAAGACAGUUGCCUACGAUUAUAGUGACGAAACCUCAACGGCGCAUCGUCCGCCGCGAAUCGAAUGUCAUCUUCAGAGGCUCCUCAGCCGGGUUGACAAAGCAACUGGACUACGACUACAUGGACGAGAUGGUAUAUGAAGAGGACAUGUCCUACAGUGGGGAUCACACCCCCUGUGUCCCACCACAAUACGCAGAUUUCCUGCAAGUCCCUCAGGUCGACUUCCGCGGACGUAUCAUCGGAGACGAUGAGGAAGAAGACGAGGAAGAAGAAGAAGAAGUCCCUUUUACAGCCCCCACCAUCCACGUCCUGCUCAAGAAGCCGCGGUUCAACGGGCUGGACGGUCUACGGUCACUGGUCACCCGCCUACGAAGGAGACGUCCUUCAUCACUGGCAGUGGAUGAACUCAUGGAGAUUAUAGACGAGGAUGAUCUCGUGGAAGACGACGAUUACUAG